AUGUCAACAAGAGAGAAACGUUUUUUUAUUCAUUAUCUUCCUUUAGUUGCAAUAUUUACUUAUUGUUUUAUAUUUCAUGCAGUCACAAUUCUAUUCCCGCCAUGUGUGAAUAUAUUCCAGUACAAUUUACCUUUAUGUGGUCGCCCUCUUUGUUAUUAUGAACUGAGAUUUGUUGCGUUAUGGGAUACUAUAACAAAUAAUAUAUUACCUACUCUAGCUAUUAUUUUAUUUAGCAUUGCUCUUCUUAUACGUGUUCUAUUACAAAAACAUCGCAUGCAUCAACAACUUCAAUGGAAAAAGCAUCGAAAAAUGACAAUUCAACUGUUAUCUAUAUCGAUCCUUUAUUUUGUUCUUUAUAUUCCACCCAUGUUCGUCGAACUUAUGCAACAAUGUAGCGUAUCCGAAGAUUUCGGUGCCGAUUUUCAAUUGGAAGCACAGUUUUUUUCAUAUUAUGUCAUAUGCUUCUUUCCUUUUAUAAGUGCCAUGUCAUUACCGAAAAGAAAAUUCCAAUUCAAAAAAUUAUUUUCUUGUUGGCGUGGAAGAACACAAACUGUUGCUCCAGAAACUUUAGGCAUGGCACGUUUAAGACAAGCUCAACAGAGUACUGUGGUAUGCAAUCUUCAAGCAACGUUGGCUAUACAAAACAUUGAUUACCGAAAGAAUAAAAGCUAA